CCGGAAGCGGGCUCGCGUCAGCGCGCCUGCGCGGCGGGAAGCCUGGGGACGCGGUCCCAGCCCCAAGCAGGGCCAGCCCGGUACUUUGGGUUCGCCGUGCGCUGCCUCUUUUUCCCGCGCGGUCUGCUGCUCUAGUUCACCUAGGAGAUAAUGGCGACAGCCGAAGUACUGAACAUUGGGAAGAAACUCUAUGAGGGUAAGACAAAAGAAGUCUAUGAAUUGUUAGACAAUCCAGGAAGAGUCCUCCUGCAGUCCAAGGACCAGAUUACAGCAGGGAAUGCCGCUAGAAAGAACCACCUGGAAGGCAAAGCUGCCAUCUCCAAUAAGAUCACCAGCUGCAUAUUUCAGUUGUUACAGGAAGCUGGCAUAAAAACUGCUUUCACCAAGAAAUUUGGGGAGACUGCUUUCAUUGCACCCCAGUGUGAAAUGAUUCCAAUUGAAUGGGUGUGCCGAAGAAUAGCAACUGGGUCUUUUCUCAAAAGGAACCCUGGGGUAAAGGAGGGGUACAGGUUUUAUCCGCCGAAAGUGGAGAUGUUCUUCAAGGAUGAUGCCAACAAUGAUCCGCAGUGGUCUGAGGAGCAGCUCAUUGCCGCAAAAUUUUGUUUUGCUGGCCUGGUUAUAGGGCAGACUGAAGUGGACAUCAUGAGUCAUGCUACACAAGCUAUUUUUGAAAUUCUGGAGAAAUCCUGGCUGCCCCAAAACUGUACGCUGGUUGAUAUGAAGAUUGAAUUUGGCGUUGAUGUAACCACCAAAGAGAUUGUUCUUGCUGAUGUCAUCGAUAAUGAUUCCUGGAGACUAUGGCCAUCGGGAGACCGGAGCCAGCAGAAAGACAAACAGUCUUACCGAGAUCUCAAAGAAGUAACUCCUGAAGGACUCCAGAUGGUGAAGAAAAACUUUGAGUGGGUUGCAGACCGAGUGGAGUUGCUUCUCAAGUCAGACAGUCAGUGCAGGGUGGUAGUACUGAUGGGUUCAACCUCUGACCUUGGUCACUGUGAAAAAAUUAAGAAGGCUUGUGGAAACUUUGGGAUUCCGUGUGAACUUAGAGUAACAUCAGCGCAUAAAGGAACAGAUGAAACUUUGAGGAUUAAAGCAGAAUACGAAGGGGAUGGCGUGCCUACUGUAUUUAUUGCAGUGGCAGGCAGAAGCAAUGGUCUAGGGCCAGUGAUGUCUGGUAAUACUGCAUAUCCGGUUAUCAGCUGUCCCCCAAUCACACCAGACUGGGGUGCUCAGGAUGUGUGGUCAUCUCUUCGCCUGCCCAGUGGUCUUGGCUGCUCAACUAUACUUUCUCCAGAAGGAUCAGCUCAGUUUGCUGCUCAGAUAUUUGGGUUAAACAACCAUUUGGUGUGGGCCAAACUUCGAGCGAGCAUACUGAACACAUGGAUAUCCUUAAAGCAGGCUGAUAAGAAAAUCAGAGAGUGCAGUUUGUAAAAGUGCAACUUAAUGUUUAGGAGAAAAGUUACAUAUUUCUAGUUUGGAUUUACAGAAAAAAAUCAAGCAGAAUGAUUUCACAUAAGAGAAAACAAUUCAGUUUACCAAUGAACAAAUGGUCAUUGGUGUUUGAGUUGGCACAUUGUCAGUGGAUAUUAAUAUUUUCUAGCUCUGUAUAGUGAUAUGCCCCUGUAACCUUAGCUCUGCAGAGGCUGAGGCAGCAUGAUCACUAAGUUCAAGGCCACCCUCAACUGUAUUUCCAGGGAGGGAAUCUUUGUAGUUAGUAAAAUAGGCAUAACACAGCUAAAUUAUACCUCAUCCUUUAUAUAGUCAUCGUUGGGUAAAUAUAAUUAUGGAACUGGAGCAAUGUAUCUGCGCUUCAAGAACCAGCGCCUAUGUAGAUUGCCUGACAAUAAAUAACCUUUAAUUCAGGGCAUCUGACCCCACAGCUUCCUUAUGCACCUGCUCUCAAAUGCUAUUACAUUCCCCCACCCAACACACAACAUUUUAAAAAAUAAGCUUUUUUAAAAAAAGAUAUUGUUUUGAAAUGGUAAUUGCAUUUUUUUAUUAAUCAGUAGAUAGUACUUGAUCUGGGUUGAUGCUUUGAAAAUUAAAAUAUUUGUAUUGUGUAUAACUAUA